AUGCCAGAGAUUGAAUACAACAACUUACUCUACCAGAUAAGCAAGAGACUUGACGAGCUGAAUGUUGGCGAACAGUUACUGUUUUUGUGCAGAGGAAAGGUGACGGCUCGAAGCGAAGAGAACAUUCAAGCCCGCUCGUUGUUUGAAGAAUUAGAAGAGAAAGGAUUUCUGAGUCCCGAUCAUCUAGUCUUAUUAAAAGGCAUGUUGAAAGGAGUCAACGAAUGGGAUCUUUUUGAGGAAGUUGAAAAGUUUGAGACAAAGAGGAAAGAAUACAACAACUUGCUUGAGCAAAUCAUUCGAGUGCUCGACGAGCUCAAUCAUCUGGAACGACUAGUCUCAAUUUGUGGAGGAAAGAUAGCGGAAGAAAGGCAAGGCAAUGUUCUUAAUGUCCGAUCAUUGUUUGAGGAGCUAGAAGAAAACGACUGGCUGGGAAUUGACUGCCUCGACACUCUGAAGGAAAUUUUGACCCAGACAGAGAAAAGUGAUCUGUUAAAGGAAGUAGAAGAAUUCGAGCAACGACGAAGUCGUGAAAACAAGUUUAGAAAACGCAAAGGUAAUUCUACAUGUCUGCGGCUCAUAUUUCUAGCCGUGCUUAGUCCCAGAAUUGAUUAGAACAUUUGUUUUACUUAACUCUUUUUUAUUUCAGCACAAGCAGCUUCUUUUGUGUCAUCAGUUAGCGACAAACUGUCUGGAGGUAAGUUUAUUUUCGUACUUGUAUAUGUGCUUGUAAGAAGGCCCGGUUCAGACGCCGAGCUUUUCAUGAGCCGAACCUAAAACAUUGAAUUACGCACAUGGAAAGUUCGGCGUCUGAAUCAAUUAGGAAGGCCUGUUUCAAUUUGGAACGGUUCAGCCGUUUUUUUCGCCUAGCCCGGUCGGGAAUUUCGCCUUUGGAGCGUCUUUGGAACGGCUUUGCUUCAGACGCCGAACUUAUCAUGUACCGAACCUAAUGCAUAAAUUAUUAUAACGUAUUUUGUAAGCAGUUUGUCCCAAAUAAGCAUUUUCCGCCUUUUGAACUUAGUUCAGCUUCAAUUAACAUCGGCGUCGGAAUCAAUUCAGCCGAUCUUAAUAAUUUGGGUCGGCCUUAAUUCGAAUUAGGUUCGGCUCAUGAAAAGUUCGGCGUUUACUCAUAUUCAUGUUCGACUUAUAAUUUAACGUUCGAGUCACGAGAAAAUCUAAAGUACACACUUUAGCCAAGAAUUGAUUUUGAUUAUUUUCUUUAAUUCCCUUAUUAUACUUUUAUCCACACUUACAUUCUGAGAGCUGUGCCAGUGGCAGAAUUAUGGACGACGGACCGCCGGGUUCUUGCGUUUCAAACUAACUAUCUUUAAAACAAGCAUCAAGGCAAAUAAAAUAGUUUAACUGACUCGGCCUCUGAUUAACAAGACAGAAUGAAACGGGGAAAGAUAUCUACGGGAAUAGCUUUAAGUUUGCAUUAAGGAAAUAGAAAUCCCCUACCCAAUAACCUCGCAACAGUAUGUUGACACUUUGACGCUCGAUAGGGAAAUACAUCUUACCACCUGCUUUGGUUGAAUUUGGAGGUUGACUACGGAAAAAUAAUUUUACGGAGCUAUUUUACGGAGCUAACACUAUUCUGUUCAUAGUCGACCAUAGAAAUCAUUAGUCAGGAGGGUGUGAAGUCUUGCAAGCAAUGAAGUGCAUCGUAUCUUAAAGCAGCCUAAUUAGUUAAGGUAUCAUCCACCCUCGAGCACCCUCCCCGCUUGAUCGGCGCUAGCGCUUUUGCUUUUAACAAAUACCCCCAUAAACCGUACAUUUUCUGAAAGCUUAAUAGUUCCAGAUUAUUGCUUAUUCCUUUUAAAAAUUCAAAAUAUCAACACGAUUUAGAAAUGAGAAGCUUUUUGUGAAAGUGGGUGUCACUGUAAAUUUAAGUCCAGGCCAGCCAAAAAUAAACGGAAGAAGCUAAUCAAGAUCGCAUUUGCUUCUUAACACAUUUGACUAAAAAAUUGUCUCAGAUUUUUGUCAAGUGCGUUUGUUCUUUUGUUAUAAGCAGUUGAAGUUAGGGAUAGCAAAUCAUUAUCACUACCUGUGAAAAAACUACUCUAACUUGAAAACGAAAAAAGACAUCAAAAUUCGCCGUCACGGUUUUUUAGAAAAACUAUCCGACAGUAAGUUGGCCAAAUUUCAGCCAAAGUGGUUCGCGGGUUGCCGACUUGGAGUUUAAAACGUACCCUCAACUUGUCCUGAUUUUCAUUUCGAGAAAACAGUGGAAAAAGAGUUUUGGCGGCGAUAAUGGGCACUGCUCUAAUAUUGUCUAAUAUUGUGGUUUCGACAGUUACAACUACGUAUGGUCUCUUCCCUGUUGUUAUCACUGUGUCGUCCUUUUCCAAUUUUUGCUUUGGGCUGUUGUUAAAAUUUCAAAGGCUCUGCUCUGUUCGAUCCUUUCUGUUGUCUAGAAAGCUCAUUAGUUAUUUGCGACGGGCAGUUUUCAUUUUCGCACCGGGCAAGCCAAGUUGAGCCAAGCCCACUUUUACUCGAUACAUUUUCUAAAAGGUCGACACUUCCCUGGAAAAAUUGACAACAAACCGCUUCCUGGAGUUUUUCUUGAAGCUUCAAAACAGUCCUUCGUCCGAAUUUAUAUGGCGCGGGACCUCUCGCGACUUCGUCGCCCGCCUGACCGCUUCGCGGCCAAAAAAGCUUGACCCGCUUGCUAAGAAACUCGUUCAACUCGAUUCUGCGGUGGUUUCAAUGGUUUUUCACGAGCUUUGUUAUCUUUUAGCCAUUUUUCUUGAUUGUAGUAGUAGCCCUUUUCGCUCUCUGCUAAUUUCGAAGCCCACUCUUUGCAAAACGAUUUUGUCGUCUUCUUUCGUCUUGGAGUCGUGUACGAAAACGGACAAGCUUUUCUUUCUUCUUUGGAGGCAUUCACUUCCAAAAUCCAGGGAAAAACAGUGAGUACUAGAUUGUAGACCACGAUUUCUGUCAAAUUGCGUGAUUAGCGUGGUUGAACAGCGGCAUGCGUAUCAAGUAUAACAGGACUAAAAAUUAAAAUAAUUAGCGUAGAAAAAACUUUUGCGCUCCAUAAUUCUGCACAGAAAAAACAUUUUUUCCUGGAAUUUUUGUUAAAAGAAAGCUCUUGAUUAGCUCUAUUUAAUCAUUUAAAAAUUGCAAAUUUCGAAAAAUUAUGAUUUUUUACCCUGGAUGAUACCUUAAACGAUUAUUCUUAGUUAGCAACCACAUGACCAGGCGGAAAAUUUUGUCCCAGAACAUGCAAGAAGAAGUCUACACAAGACAAGGUUUCAAAACCAAGGAUAAAAAAGUUAUUAGCGUACACAAGUUUUCGAUGUCAUUACGAAAUUUUUAUCAAGCGAUAAAAUUGGACGUUUAGUAACAUGGUUUAUGAAUCACAUGACAAAACGUCAAAGAAAUAGUUGAAAUGUCCCCAUCGUGAAAAAUGUAUUUUGUUCUUAGGCCUAAGAAAAAUGUCAAGCUUUUCGCGAGACGAACCAAACUUAGUGAGCUAAGUUCAAGUUCGCCUGCUGGAUCGUCGAACACGUUCUAUCCGUCUGCUUCAGACGGAUAGACGGAUAGAACGUCUGAAGAUCGUCUCCAGGACAAACGACGAUCUUCACAUGCGACGAACUAAACUAAAAAAUUAAAAAAUUCGUAAUGUAAUACUUGGCCUCGUUCGGGAGAAAAUUUGGAUCAUUAUACGUUUCUGGGAAACUAAGCCAACAUUUUGCCAUAAGUGAGAAGUUAGUGCUAAUGUUGCCUUAGGGUCGGGUUUCCCAAAAACGUCUUGUGAUCCGAAAUUUUUUUUAAAACUGCUUUCUGGUCUGAUGAAGUUGAUUGGUUCGACUUUUAAAUAUUUAUGGAGGAAUUUACUAUUGGGCGGGGACAAUAAUUGCACUGCAUAUAAAGGGUAAUUAGAAAAUGACGAAUUUCAAAAGACCACCUCUUCUUUUCAUGAAUACUGCCCAUAUUACUGAGGUCAAACUUUGGGCAGACAUUCUGUCAGAAACGUCACCGAAGUACCAGAAAUUAGAGGGUAUUACCCGAUAUUCUAAUAUCUGCGAGGGAUCACUUAAUGUAGCGCACGAAGCAGGCGCUCAGCAGGGAAAGAGGGACAUCGAGCGCGCAAGAACUCAAACGCCUUCUACCUUUUCGUUUUUCGUGCGCUUGAUUUUUGGCUCUUCUCUUUCUCUUUCUCAUGAUGCCUACCCUUCGUGAUCGCCUUUUCUCUCUCCCAAAGUAUCUCUUAAUUUUGAGGAAGCCAACGUGAUAAUAAUUCUGUUGUUUGUAUUUUAGUCCUGAACAUUAAGACUGUGUUCAAAGUCGUGGGCGGCAUUACAAUAGCUUCCACCCUAUCACUGUUGACACAUGAGUGUACUUAUGAUCAGCUUACGAACGCCAUAAACACCUGUGUGCUUCCUGCUGGGGCCAAUCUGAUUCAAAUUUCAGAGGGAUGUGUGUGUCUCAAAGUUCAAGUUAAGAAUCUUUCCGCUCUCGAGGAUUUGUGGCGUUUGUACAAAGUUGGUACACUAAGAGCAAGUCUGCAAGCUUUAUUCGUUACUGACGAAGUGCGAGAACUUGCUGGUGGAGGGCAAGUGGAAGUGGAUGUGACCAUCGACGAAGAAGAAUACGAGAAGGCUCGGAACGAGCUAUCAACUUUCAGAGAACAAGGUUAUAAAAGCACACUAAAAUUUAUACAGCAAACAUAGUUACGUAAUGUUAUUUGAUUUUACUGCUACCUUGUAGCACUAGCCAUUCAAAAGUUCUGCUAAAUACCGUAUUUAUUCCAUUAAACGCCGCAGAUGGAAGCAAAAUUAUCAAUAAACGCCGCCGUCGAAUAAAAGCCGCACCUAAUUAAAAGAAUGCGGCGUCUAUUCGAGGAUUGGUAAUCUACACCAUCCAGACAACUACGAUUCUAUCUCAGAAAAAUAAGGAGACAUUGGAACCUUUAAAGUGCAUAAUAUUUAAAAAAAAAAAAGAUUUAAAGUAACUGUUGUCAAUGAUUUAAGAAAAGUGAUUUUGAAACAAACGCCUCCCUUAUAUAAACGCCGCAUCGGACACGUUGAAAAUUUAAUAUACGCCGCUGCGUUUAAUCGAAAAAAUACGGUAGGCCCUUCAAAAUCGCGGAUUCUUGGGAGCAUGGGACGCACUGGAACUGAAAAAGUUAAGUGCUCUCAUCAUUUAAAAUGGUAAUUUCUUUUGUUUGGCCUCUCUCGGUGCGUCUCUUGCUCUACAGCACGGCGGUUUUGUACCACGAGAAUGACUAGAAAAGUCCUCCGAGCUCGGCAGUUUGCCAACCCAAUAUGGCGGUGUUUCACCUGACAAUGUUUGAAGUCAGCGCUACUUUGGGAAGGAACCCACAGGUCCCUGCUUUGGGCUAAAUCGUCCUAACCUUUAAAGCGAACCCUAAGCCUUAAAAACUUUUCAUUUGCAUUCUCACUUUUAUGAUAAUUAUUAGCCCUUUAAUUUUACGAUCAUUGUCAUUGACAUCUGUAUUUUUUUAUACCACAGUUUUGAGUUCAGAUGAACCUGAUGGUCAGGAAGAGAGGAAACUUAAAUACCUAGAUCAAGAAAAACUGUCCUACAUUACGAAUUACUUAGAGCAAACCAGGGAUACAGAUGUACAUAGUCUAUCUACAGAGGAUGACAGUGGAAAGGCGGCAUCAAAUAGUGCACCAUCGGAAUUUGGAUUUGAAGAAACCAGCGGUAUGACUCAGUCAAUUCCAAGAGUACCCAACCCAAGUCCCUUUAGCAUUUGUCAACUUCCGCAAUCCCAGGGCGGUGGGCAUUUGUCAUCAAUGGUCUUCCCAGGGAUAUUACAUCGGGAUCAGUUCAUGGCUUAUUUAAGCGGGAAAAACGCAGGCGAAGAGGAAAAACCGAGCUCAUGCUUAAAGAGAGUGCGCGAAAUCUGUAGAAUGACACGCUAAAAACCCGGAUUAGGCCUUAGCCUUGAAGUUCCUUUUUAGUCAACGAAAUAUUAUAGCGGAGCUCUCGCGCGCGAAGCGCGCANAUCGAUAGCAAUUUUAAUAAUAUGCUAUUUAUUUUAAGUCAACAUUUGUUAAUUUCAGAUUUUGUUUUCGCCUAGUAUUUGCAGAUUCCACCUCUAAGCUGUGCUUGAAAGAUCUAAGUAUGGAAUUGACUGAGGAACUAACGUCCAAGCUUUUAAGCUUCGUUAGUUCCUCAGUCAAUUAAAAACACACGCACUCAGUCGAUUCAAAACAAAACUCACCAUUUUAUCGCUGAAAAUCAGAUAACGCAAAAUCCUCCGCGAAUUGGCGUAUAGAUUUAUAUUAAUUUCUUUACUUCACUUUCUUUGCUGUCUUUGGCUUUACUUUAUUAAUUUUCUUUUAUUCAGAAGUUUUUAUUCGCCUGCAGCGACACAGUUCUUCAGUUUAUUUUCCUAAAUUGCCUGUGAAAACGACCGCCGCCGGUUCAAAGAAGGAAAGAGCUUUCCAUACCAUACCAUACCAUACCAUACCAAACCAUACCAUACUAUACUCACUCACUCACUCAGUCACGCAAACUCUUCAUGUGCAUCCAGGCUGAUUAGGCGGCAUAAUGUUAGGGAAUUGUUGCAGAAGGCAGUACCCGCCUGUAGGUUACCUGAAAUCUUUAUUACUGCCUGCACUGUAACGUACAUUACAGCUCCCCUUCUAUCCGGGCGGCUAUAUAUUUCAAGACAAAGCACCAGCUUUUCAACUUUUUGCUUCAUCAGCGAGCCAGGAAUCAUGACUGUGUAUAUUCUGCACGUAAUAAAUUAUUCUUAUUUUUGUUGGUUUCCAGACUGGGAAAUAUUAUUGGAUACAUUUUUAACCUUUCAGUCCUUUCUCCUAGAUUUCACUUCCAGCCUUUGCUUAAAAGAUCUGAGUAAAGCAGUGACCGAAGAACUAACGGGCAGACUAAAUGGCGACCCAACUGUAUUUCAGCAAUUUCUUCAAUUAUUUGGCCUUGAUCCGGCAAAGAAUUUAGACCCUGAAAAGCUUUGCGAAUUUUUUCCCCACACUCCAGUCAGGCUAUUACGAGACGUUUUUAAGGAGUUGGAGUUAUUUGACCUUGUGGACUUAUUGGAUAAAGUAAAAUGGCGUACACUUCGUCCUCUUCCCCUGAAAGAAAUGAGAAAGUUGCUAAUUACCAAUAAACGUCCAACAAAAUUUUAUAGCAAGGCAGAGGUUCUGAUUAUCGAGUGUUCUCACGGUGUUGCUGUAGACGAUACUGAUGUUGAAAGAAUUGGAUCUUUCUUUAAAGACCUGAAUUCACAGAGCCAAGUAACUAAAGUUACAGCGAAAGUUCCAGAAGAACUCUCCCAUGAAGCUUUAAACCUGUCGAGGUUACAAAAGACGAUGGAGGGUGACAAAGAUCAGAGAGCAAAGGAAAAGGAAACGAUGUUGAAAGAGCUUCUGGAAAAAAAGUUACCACAAAGUUGGUACAGAAGAAAACGAAAAAUGCCACCUGCUAUAAAUACGGACAAGCAACUGUUGAGCACGUUUUACAAAGAGGAACCAGCGAUGAAAAAAAGUCUAGAAGAGUUGACAAAGGAAAGAGAAAAGAGAAAACUAAAAAUAGAAUUAAUUGACGAGGAGAUUAAGCAGCAGAGAAAACUGCAAGGAGAACUACAGGCAGAGAAAGAGAAAUUGCAAAUGGCUGUUUCAACUGUUAUGGACAAAUGGAUUGACCAGGUGCACGAUGAAGGUGAGUUUAUCAAUAACGACAAAGAGGGGAAGAAUUUUCGUGGUUAUGCGUAUUUUCGCGAUUCUUUGUUCCCUGGUUUAUAGACUGUGUGCGUGACAAAUGCAGGUUAUAACUAAUUGGUUGUCUGUAGGAAGGGAAAGGAGUGAAUAAAGCCACUGACAAAAGUCAUAAGAAAUAAUUGAGCACAAAAACUCAUUAAUAAUUCACAAAGACAAAACAAAAGAAACUAAUGUUUAAUGAGUGUCUUAACACCUGAUUAAGAGACGGCACACGGCUGAACUUUACGUCCAGUUUUUUAGACCAAGCCUAAAUAUUAGUGCAAGGAUGAGUUGAUCUAUAUCAAAUAUUUUGAAACCUUUCAAAGACUCCCGUUGUGUAUAAUCAGGUUUAAACCGAGAACCCUCGCCUUUGCCUGGAGUUUUUAAACCUGAUAAUACACUCCUGCUCAUUUUUUAAACAGUACAUGAAACGCUCCAAUGUAAUAAAAAUUGACCGCAACUGUAAUAAAACCUUCUGGCAAAAUAUUUCUAAAAUCAGUUAAUUGCCCCAUUUACUGUAUCGUGAAAAAUGCUUGAUUUUAGUGUAUUGAUAUUUGACACUAGUCUUGUUUUGAAGUUACGAUUAUUCUGAAAAGUAUGGUUUUAAAAUGAUUAAUUGAAUCAAUAUCUCUUAAACAAACUUCAAGUUUUAUUCUCCUUAGUGUUCAUUAGUCAUUUUUAAUACCACACUCUUCACUCCGAAGACUGAAAGUUCGCCACAACAACUGAGACAGUCGGUUAAAUAACUGAGCUUCACGGACUUUUAUGACAUUUACGGCCAUAUACGGUUAAAUAAAUAACAUGAACAAUGAUAAUCAGCGUUCUAAAUGUUUUAAAAAAAUAAAAUUAUUAAGGGAUGCAUUGUUGCUUGAAAAUACGGCGCUGUUCCGAUCAAAUCGGUAGAAUACUGCAUUAAUUCGAGAGGCGCGGCGGUGAUUAUCUUGUCAUGACGACACCUAUUUGAGGGCUUCUUUACAUUUGUGGUCAAUUCGUAUUUCAUUUGAUCAAAGUUUUGUCAUGUUUGUGCCCAAUCACAUUUGUGGCUUCAACAAGGAGCCCUAAUGUUUUUCCUUUUUCGUCCGGUCGAGGCAACCACGCCAUUUUUAUUGCAAGAGUUGAAUUCAUGAAAAGCAAAAGACCGGCAUUAGGCAUUAAGCGACUGUACUAAUUAAAACUAGAUCUACUCUGGAGACAUUAUCCUGACCUGUCUCUAACAAAAUCAACCGCAAUUAUUUCUGAGUUCAAGAAAAAAAAUUCUGAGUAUAAGCAGUCUCUUGUUAAUUGCAGAAAUUGAAGAUCUAAAGAUUAGAAAAUUAGAAAACUCCUCUUAUCGAUCAAUCCACUAUCGCUAUAUUAUAAGUGAAGUACGUUUAACAAAAUAAUAUUUAAUAAUAUUUUUGUUUAGUAUACAAUGUGUACAUCUUAACCAAUCGUUUCCUAGCUGUAGGGCGGCUCAAUCUUCAAUUUCCAAUGAAAAACAAGAAGCAAUUGAGUUUCUUUGUUUCUUUUUGUAGGAGAGGAAGCAACCCUUUUUUGUGCACUUUAUGUUGAGGAGGGUAAAAAGCUAUACGACGAAGAAACGAUUGACAAGAUUUUGGAGCCAACGCGAGAACUUUUGAGACAAAAAUUGGCACAAAUUCCAAACAACAUAAAGCUAGUGAUAGAAUAUUCCAGGGACUUUAGACUUUGGCAAGAUGGAAAAAUUCCCCAAGAAACUCUUAAAUUAAACCUUUAUAGAGAGAGAAAGUUGUCCCUGGCAACAGUGUUGGAGCUACUGACCAAGCGUAGGAAGACAUUAGACCUCAUCUCAGUGUUCAGGGAAGUCAAAAGGACUUUGCAUAUUAAGAUGGCUCCUCAACGUAUAGCUGUUUUGCCUAAUUGGUGGGAUACCAUUAACAUUGUAUGUGGCGUAUAUGAAAAUGUGUCUUUUCUUCCAAGACUUCAGGAGACGGACCAGUAA